GAUAUCACGAGACGCACACACCUCCGGAAACUUGAUCCAAGGUCAUUUUUAACUAUAAAAAUAUCGAUAACAACAAGCAGUCAAUUCGAAUAUUGUAGAUUGCAAGGUUUUUUAGAGGAAAUCAAGCCACAUACUUUACUAGAAAUCAAGAUGCUGCGUUCUGUUUCAACAGAAAUGCUCCGCACAGUCCCUAGAUUUGAUCUGAAAGCAACUUUUUCGAAGUCGAAAGGUAUCUUGUCAGCAAGUCGUCCGUUUUCAACUGGAGAACUACCAGUCCAAGAUGGAGACAACUUGACCUUCUCACAGACUGUUGAUAAGUUUUACGACAAGGCAGCGACACUCCUUGAAGAAAAACUGGUGGACAACAUGAAAGGCAAAAUGUCAAAGGAAGAUAAAAGAAAGAAAGUGAGGGGAAUCUUGAAAAUUAUCAAACCUUGCAAUCACAUGGUAGAAAUCAGUUUUCCUCUUCGCCGUGACAAUGGAGAAUAUGAGAUGAUAGAGGCUUGGAGAGCUCAACACAGUCAGCACAGAACACCUUGCAAAGGAGGUAUCAGAUACAGCCCUCUAGUAAAUGAAGAUGAAGUGAAGGCCUUAGCUGCAUUGAUGACCUAUAAAUGUGCUGUAGUUGAUGUACCUUUUGGUGGUGCUAAAGCAGGAGUUAAAAUCAAUCCAAGUGAAUAUUCUGAGAAAGAGCUGGAAAAGAUUACUCGUAGGUUGACUGUGGAACUAGCAAAGAAAGGAUUUAUAGGCCCAGGCAUUGACGUACCUGCACCAGACAUGGGGACAGGAGAACGGGAGAUGAGUUGGAUUGCUGAUACCUACUCUAAUACAUUAGGUUAUAACGAUAUGAAUUCGUCAGCAUGUGUAACAGGUAAACCAAUUACACAGGGAGGAAUACACGGCCGUACAUCAGCAACAGGAAGGGGUGUUUUCCAUGGUAUUGAGAACUUCAUUAUGGAGGCUAGCUAUACCAGUAUGAUUGGAUUGACUCCAGGAUUCAAUGACAAAACCUUCAUCAUUCAGGGAUUUGGAAAUGUAGGACUUCAUAGUAUGAGAUAUCUCCACAGAGCUGGUGCUAAAUGUGUUGGAGUUAAGGAAAUUGAUUGCAGUAUAUAUAACCUAGAUGGUAUUAAUCCAAGGGAUUUGGAAGAUUACAAAAUUGAACAUGGAACAGUUAAAGGGUUCCCCGGUGCUCAAGAGUAUGAUGGUGACUUGUUGCUGGAGAAAUGUGAUAUACUUGUUCCUGCCGCUAGUGAAAGACAGCUUACCAAAGAAAAUGCUCAUCUUGUUCAGGCUAAAAUAAUUGCUGAAGGUGCUAAUGGACCCACUACAAUGGGAGCAGACAAGAUUUUCCAUGAAAGAAAUAUCCUGGUUAUUCCUGAUCUGUACAUCAAUGCUGGUGGUGUGACUGUAUCUUACUUCGAGUGGCUCAAGAAUUUGAACCAUGUCAGUUAUGGCAGACUCACAUUUAAAUAUGAAAAGGACUCCAAUUAUUAUUUGCUUGAAAGUGUACAGCGAUCACUAGAGAGGAAGUUUGGUAAACAAGGUGGAACUAUACCUAUCCAGGCAUCUGACGAGUUCGAAAAAAGAAUAUCUGGUGCUUCUGAAAAGGACAUAGUGCAUUCAGGUUUAGAAUACACAAUGGAAAGAUCUGCAAGGAACAUCAUGAGGACAGCAAUGACCUACAAUCUCGGUUUAGAUCUACGAACAGCAGCAUUUAUUACCUCCGUGGAAAAGAUCUUCAAAGUUUACGAAGAAGCUGGACUUACAUUUACAUAAACAACACUUUUAGCAGCUUUAAGAUAUGAAGUCAAUUGUUGGGGGCAAUAUGUGAUGAAAAGGUUUUUAGUUCUUUAUGCAAUAAAAAUUACAUUAAAUCCAGUUCAUAGAAACCAUUGUUUUAAAUAAAUGUAAUAAAACCAAAGAAAGUCGUACUUUUCUAUACUUUUGGUAGUUAAUCAGUUAUAAUUAUUAAAGAGAAAAUUAUAGGUAUGUUUUAUGUAUAUGAAUCUCAUCUCAGUGAUGUAUUCAAAAGCAGCUUUUUUAAAAAGAUGGUUGUUAUUCAAUGUUGGAACAGGUUUCAGCAUGUUUAGUAGGCUGGUAAUUUUAAAAGAACGAAAAAUCAAAAUCUUUAGGACUCUACAAUACACGUAUAAUCUUUAUUAGUUCAAAAUGCAUAUGAUAUUACUCUGCCUCAAAAAUUUACAUAUAAUGAAAAUGCUUUUAUCUUAUCCAUAUAAUCUGUCAAUUGGUUAUUUCAAUUAAAAUUUUGAUAGAGCUAUUAGAUAAGUGAUCCCUAUUUAGAAUAAGAUUGUACAUCACACUCAUUUUGGAAUUAGAAUUUGACAUAAACUGAUCUAAAAAAACAAUUAGAAAAAAACUUUUUAAGUAUGAAGUUGGUAGAAGAGUCAGGUACAGGAAGUUGUCUCUUAAUUUACCAAUUUAGUUUGGACCUAAUGUUACUGCACUGUUUCUAAGGAAUCAGGAGGGAAACAUUUUUUGUGUAAUUAUAAUCAAGUAUGGGGUCUAGAUGAAACAAAAUAGUUGAAAUAGUUUUAAAUUCGAAUUUAUAAUUAAAUUGACCAGUUGAAAGAAACAUCUUAAAAAGCUUGAGUACUAUAUAGCCUUGUAGUGUUUUGUUGUUUUGCUAUGAUUUUAUUUGUUUUUAUCAGUCAAAAAUUGUUUCUUGUUACAAUUCUUAUCUGCCUCUGAUUGUUAAAGGUUUGUUAAAAUAUUGUCUUUUAAUUUUGUUAUUUGGUGUUGUGAUAGACCAAAGUGUGAUACAAGUAUAAUUUGAAUUUAAGUCAACUUUGUAUAUAGAGUGCAUGUUUAUUUUAAGUAAUGAAUACUGAAAGGUGUGUCUGUUUGGAAAAUGUUUAUUCAGUGGUUUUUUUUAUUUGAAUUGAGUGUGAAAAGAACAGAAGCUUAUUUUACUUGUCAACAUAAAACUUAUAUUGUUUCUGUAAUUAUAUUAUUCAAGAAAACAUAAAACCUAUUUACAAGAAAUUUUAAAAUAUUAAGGGGAACCAGUAACCAAUAUGUACAAAGUAUGACUUGACCAAAAAAUACUUGAUAUCCAUUAGAAUCUGUAAAAGUAAAAUUUAUUCAGUAAAAAAACAUACAAUAUAUUAAACAGAACUUGCAUAAAAUAAUCUGUACGCAAUCUGGACUAAUAUAAUGAAAUAAAAAAAUAAUUUCUUCUCGAUGUCAAACUACAUGUGAUCCAAGUUUUUAGUUUUUAUAUUUAUAUAAUAUUACAGUGUGAAAGUUUGUAUGAAUGUAAUUUUACAUAUGUAACUUGGACUCAUUUUGCAGCAAUUAAAAGUGUGUAGUUUAGUUCUGUAUAUGUAAUAUGGAAUACAUUAUAUAUAAUUCCAAGCCUCGUUAAAUGAAUUUGGUGAUGACAAUUAUGGAUGAAUUUUUAUUUUUAUGUUGUAUUUUAAUACCGGUAUACAUAUUUUUUGAAAUCUUGUUAAUAUUUAUGAAUUUAUAUAACCAUCUUUCCAUAUAACAGUUAGUUUGAUGAAUUCAGUAAUCUCUAAGUCUCCGUGGUUUUAUUUUUACAAUUUUCUCCAUUAUAAUAAGCAUUUUUGGAAAACUGCCAAUAGUCUGAGCUAAAUAUGGGCAUUAGUAACUGAUAUUUGUCAUACAAAGUUCAGAGAUUAAGACCUAGAAAAUUAAUAUGAUAUUUUUAAUUCCAUCAAUUUAAUAUAUAUUUGAAUAUCCAAGGGCUCACUUGUAAUUAGAAACAACCACUGCACUUUUUAUACAAAAGUGACAGGGACCAAUAAAAACCAAUAAACUUAUAUGGUCAUUAUUAUCUAUAAGAAUAUGAAGUAUGGUGUAAAAAAAGUGAUUGCUUGAACAGCUCUGAUUUAUAUAAAAUUUGUUGUCAGAUUCCAUUUGUUACUGAGGUUCUUGGCUGAUAUAAUUAAAUACUUCUAUGUUAGCAUGAAUCUGUCAAAAUAAGGUACACAGUUUGCUAUAAUGAAGUUAUACUUUUUUCUGUCAAUUUAGCUUCAUUGCAAUCACAAUAUGACUUAAUAUAAAAUAUCUCGAUGAGGCCAGUUUCAUAUAUCAUUGAAAAAUGUGUGGUGUGUAAGUGUGGGGAACUGCUUGUACGAUAUAUGUAGAACUUGCAUUACUUUAUUUUUAAGAAUGUUAGCCCAAAAUAUUAUAUAUAUUCGUUUAGUAAGUUUAUCUGACAGUUUUAUUUGCACAAUUUUGUAGUGAGUUAUGCACACAUAGAAUAACAUGUAUAUGAAAGUAACCACCAUAUUAUCAUAAAGCUUAUUGAAUCUUAAAAGUUUACUCCUCAAUCCUCAUUUUUUAUUUAUAAUAAAAGGUAUUAUCAGUAAA